AAUUUUUGUAAUAUUUGUGUAAUGUCCUCUCUUUCAUCAGCUUGUGUCUGUCUUCACAAUCACAGCUCACACUCCUCAAUCAUUUCCGUAUAAAACUAAAAUACACACCCUCUCCCCUAAAAUUCAAUCAUCUUUAUUCCCCGUUUCUCACCGGUCAAACCCCCCAUGGAUUCGCCUCCGCCCUCUCCCUCCUUCUGGUGCUACCAGUGCACCAGAAUCGUCGCCCUCGCCUCCGAAGAAGCCGUCGUCUGUCCCCACUGCCGCGGCGGAUUCAUCCAGUCCGUGGACCCCACCGAUUUCUCCCGCCGAUUCCGCCCCCGCCGCCGCAACGCCGCCUCCUUCAACCCGCUCAUAGUCCUCCGGAACGCCUCGGAGUCGGGUUCCCCGGCGGCCGAGGGGCGCCGCAGCUACGAUCUCUACUACGACGACGGCUCGGGCACGGGGAUCCGGCCGCUGCCGUCGUCCAUGUCGGAGUCGCUGCUCGGAUCCGGAUUCGAGGUGAUGCUGGACCGCCUCUCGCAGAUCGGCUUCAGCCUGUGGGCCCGCCCCGAGAAUCCGCCGGCGAGCAAGCACGCGGUGGCGUCGCUGCCGGAGGUGCAGAUCCAGGCCUGCCACGUGGAGGCCGACGCGCACUGCGCCGUCUGCACGGAUCCGUUCGCGCUCGGCUCCGGCGCGCGCGAGAUGCCCUGCAAGCACAUCUACCACGCCGACUGCAUCUUCCCCUGGCUCGACCUCCACAACUCCUGCCCGGUCUGCCGCCACGAGCUGCCCGUCGAUGAGCCGGACGGCGUCUCCGGUCAGUCCGGCGCGGUGGGGCUCUCGAUCUGGCGGUUGCCCGGCGGCGGAUUCGCCGUGGGUAGAUUCGUCGGGGGAGGCGAGGGGGAGAUGCCGGCGGUCUAUUCGGAAGUGGAAGGGAGUCUGAGUCUCACCGCCGGCGCGCCGAGGGGAAUUGAGUGGGGGCCGUGGGUGCGGCGCCGGAGAGGCGGUGUUUUCCGGCGUUUUCUCGGUAAUUUAGGGUCGAUUUUUCGGAGGGGGCGCACGGGUUCGGGUUCAGCAAACGGAGCUCCGUUAAGAAGGACUGUGAGCCUACGCGAUUCGGAGCCGGGUUCGGGCGAAUCGGUUUUCAGGAGGUAUGUGCUGAGGAGGGAUAGGAGCACGGCAUCGAUACCCAUCAAUGAGCAAUAGCGCAUGGGAGGGCAAAAUGGUCAAUCUAAUUUCUUCUCAUUUUUCAUUUCUCUUUUAGGUACUAUAUUAAACUUCAAUUUUGUAUUCCUCAGUCACCCAAUAUUGUAAAGUCUUGUAACACACAAAAUUCUUUAAAAUCUUAACAACCAUCAUUACUUGUA